GAAUACAAGAUUUUGAAUUUGCAGAUGGUGGUUGUCAUGGAAAUUUGGCAACCUGGUGAACAACAGUUGUAAGAUCAUCACCCUAUGCCGUGUAAGAUUUGGGUACUCAAAUCGUUCAAGGAAACACAAUUUCCAAUACAUAAAUAUUCAACUGUCACCGUGAACCAUUGCUGAUCUUUACAUCUGAAGACAACACUAUGAUGCGAUCGAUUGCGGUCUGUCCCAUAUCGCUAACAAUCCUGGCUCUAGCGCUAACAGCAGCCCCAGGAGUCUCAGGCUAUGCAAUUCCGAAAAGUAAAUUCCUCCCACUUGGCGUUGGAAAUCAAUCGAAAAUGCAGACGAAGGCACCGGUUCUAUCGAAUAGGAGAGGCUCAUUGCUGCGAAUGACAAAAGAUGACGAUAGCAACAAAAAGGACUCAUCGGAUGUCUCUCCAAGCAACAAUUUUCCGUCGGACGCACCGACGACAAAAGCCUCAUCAUCCAAGCGAGAGAUGCUGAAAUUCGCGUUGCCAGCGCUGGGAAUUUUCCUCGCGAAUCCCUUGCUGUCAAAUAUUGAUAAUGCAUUUGUUGGCAAGACAGUCGGAACGGAAGGCCUCGCAGCCUUGUCCCCUGCAACCGUAUGUACCGAUCAGCUCUUAUACUUAUUUCUAUUUUUGUCAAGAGCGACAACUGGGUUGGUUUCUAGAGCACAAGGAUCGAAGACUGACYYUGAAGAGAAGAAAAAGGCAGUGGCCGAAGCAGGAUCUGCACCCUUAACCGUUGCGUUGAUGUGUGGGCUUUUGUUGACCAUCUUUUACGCGUAUUGUACCCCUAAUAUGUUGUCGAUGCUGAGCGUCACACCUGCCCUACGAGGUCCUGCUUCGUCGUACAUUUACUGGCGGGGUGCUAUUUCCUGGGCUGCUUUGGCACAGAGUGUAUCAUUGUCAAUCCUAUUGGCCACAAAAGAUGCUAUCACGCCACUCAAAAUUGUUGCUCUUGCUGCGGGUGUAAAUGUAAUUGGGGAUUUUCUCUUCUGUGUUUUCCCUCUGCGAUUGGGUGUAUCUGGAGCUGCCGCUGCCACCACGUUUGCAACUCUUUUAAGCUCUGCCUUCAUGGUAAAAGGGUUGAAGAAAAAAGGGAUCCUCCCAAAAAUCCGUUGGCCCUCUAGAAAGGAACUCCUUUCCCUGAUGGAAUUCACAGGUCCAUUGUUGGGAAUUACAUUAACUCGAAUGUUCGGAUUCGUCAAGAUGCAAACAACUGCGAUGACACUUGGUGUGAAGCAAACAGCUGCUUAUCAGGUGUGUUUGAACCUGAUGGUUUUCUUCCUACUCUUUGCUGAGCCCUUGAGUCAACUCAGCCAAACUCAGUUGCCUGAAUUGAUCGAAGCGGGAGAUGGAGAGCAAGUCAAAUCAAACUUUAAAUCGGUUUUGUCACUGGGUGCCAUGUCGUCUAUUGCCAUUGGUGGAGUUGCGGGCCUCGCUACAUACUUCGGGUCCUUUCUUUUCACCUCUGAUCCCGCUGUGCAAGCAUUGGCAAAAGGGGCUGCACCUUCUCUUUUCUUGACUGUUGCUACCGCGAUUUUUGCAAGUGAGUACUAUAGUGAGAUCGGAAAAGCUAUAACUUGAAGAUGUAAUCAAACUCAAAUCCCCUUGCCUGAGUAUUUUGACUAACCCAUGUCGGUGCUUCUCUUUGUAAUGCAUUGGACGAAUUCACGUCUCAUUAGUCACUGUCGAUGGAGCAAUGUUAGCCAGCAAGGAUUUUGGUUUCAUGCUCUCGCAGGGACUUGUGAUGAUGUUGCUCCAGCUUUUCCUCUUGAAAACAUGGUGCAGUAGUAUCUCUACAAUUUUCGCAACCUUUACCCUCCGUCUUGGAUUGUACGCUUUGUGCUGUUUGCUCCGAGCGGGAUUGGGAUCCGGCAACCUAGGACGAGCAAUGUUUAAAAGUGGGCGCGUUGCUUUCUUCAAGAGAAAGCCUAUCAAUGGCCUGGCAAGUGGAAAUUAAACGCAGCGACAUAGGCUAGAUGAAGACUUUAUUCGAUGAAAAUUUCAUAGCACUAGCAUCGGGCGGCUGCGAGUUGUCUGUUCUAUCAGUGUUAUCUAUUGGCACAGAGUCUUUCUAUUUGGUAGUCCAUGGUGAUAAGUAGGAUAUGGUGGAAUGGUUUUGUAGCCGAAAACGAAAAAGCUGCUCUUCCAAUUCUGAUUUGAAGUAAAGCAUAUUUCUACAUCUCUCGUUGUACCUCAUCCUCCGAUUACAUCGCAUGCAGCGGUACUUUUUGACUGCAUCAACAAUUUUUACAACUCAUUAUUUUGUGUGCACAUUUAAUCGCAAUAUUGUGUAUUAGAAUGAAGAAUAUUCUUCAAUUUAACAGAAUUAUUGUUCGUAUUGUUCUUAUUAAUACAGUAUGCUACAUGGGAGCACAGUGGGCUGUGGUACGGAAUUGCACGCACUACCGUAGACGGGUGAAUCCGCUGAUUAAAAAACAAACCAUACUUAGCGUGCUAGCGCCGUGUAAGUUGGAGUGAGGUCUUUUUAGUAGGGCCAGAGAGAAAAAAGGGACUAUCACUCGUGUUUAGCUCAUUGGAUUACCGAGCCAAGUCGGUUGAAACGUUUUAUCGAUUCCCGAAACAUCCUACGGUGAUCCCGUACGGUUCUCUUSCUGAGUCAAACGUUUUAAACGAAGUCUCAACAAUUGCUUCUCUAGCGAUGUGGUGGGAGUUGAGUCAGAACAACGUUAUGAUUCACCUUUCCCUAAACUGUCUCCGCUAUAUUUUUUGUUGUCCUGUGGCAGGCGUCAUCGAUUUCAAUGACACCAUGGCAACUGCUGCCGAUUGCUGCUUGUCCUCUGAGUAGAAGUUUGGCUCUUCUUCGACAGGGAUCCAUUCGGGCAUCGCCUUUUUCAUCUGAUUCUGUGUAAGCCCCUGGCACAGUUGUGGUUCUUCCUUAAUGAAAAGUUUGUGGUAAUAAGCUCCUUCGUCCCAGCCGUUUCCCCCGAUUUGAGCAAAUCCAUGGUUUCGAAGAGAUUGUCGGAAACUAGUAAACUUGCUCUUGAAAUAGUUGGGCAUAAUGUUGCUUGAAAAGUAUGGUCGGUCGUGGAUCAUAAAAGCCUUUCCGUGAGGAGCCCAUGAGACAACAAAGUGGUUCCCACGGCGCGAAGCAUCGCUGAGCAUGACUCGCAGGCGUACCAAAAAGUUGUGCUGUUGCAGCGUACGAGGAAUUUUUGUCUCUGUCUUGACCCAAACCAGAUUCGGAAUUUUUCCUCUCACGAAGUGUGGAUGGCUGUAGACCGCGUUUUCGAGCUUCAUCUCCUUGUCCAACUUAGUGUGGUUAGCAGGUGAUCUCAUAAAUCCCCAUCGACGAAGCUUUUGCUCGAACGAGCUGUAUGUCAAGGAAUCAAAAUACAUGGGGAAGACAGAGUUCAUAAACCCGAAUGGAUCGUGAACUGUGAAUUUCUUGCCAUCAGGCGUCCAGGAAACAAUUUCUUGUUUUCCUUCUUUUUCGGCAUGGGACAGCAGCGCAUGGAGGCGACCGAUGAAUUGCCCGUGCUGUUUCAUCCAAUCUGACACCUGAAAAACAUGACCAAUAAAAGAAAAUACCAAUGAAAUGAGUAUUAGGUG